AUGGGCAGGCGGGUCUUCCUGGAGUCCAGGUUGGUGUCAGCCGCACCGCCCCUUCCUCUCUACACCACACUUUUCAGAGAAUUAGCCCUUUUUUCAGGGACCCAGAGCUCUGACCCCAGCCCAGGAAAUCCCGCCCUUCCCGUCCCGAGCUCCCGUGUCCCUGGGGUCAUAGCCUCCCUGCGGUGCAGGACCGACACGGACAGAGACCUGGAGACCCUGGUGCGCUUGGCCCAGGCCUGGGCGCCGCGGAGCCUGGGGGACAGCCAAGGGACCCGCGACAUCGUCAGCCCCUUUGGAACCGGGCCGGGCGGGGAGAGCCCUAAGCGCGGUGGAGCGGGGAGAGGGCCCCGGGGCGGAGAGGGGGACCUUGGCGCCAAGGCCGCAGCCCGGCCCGUCCACGACCCCGAGGGCAUCGAGGCCCCGCCCCGGGGGCGCUCCCGCGGUGACCCAGGACCUCACCGCAGGUCGCACCCGGUGCUCAGGAGCCCGGCCCGCCUCCACCUCCAGCCCACCUGCGCGCACGCCUGGUCCGCAGGCCUGGCUCUCGGCCGCGACCCCCAGGGCCGGCCCGGGGCCCGCGACCCCGCCGAGGCCUCCCCGCCGCAGGAUGCGCUCGCCACGGCCCGCGUGGCCUCGAAGGAGACACCGGGUCGGAGCAGCCGAGGCCGUAGGCGGGCGCAGGGCCCCCCCCCCCCCCCCCGGCCCCGCCGCCUCCUGCCACGCGGCGCCGGCGCCUCGUCGAGGGCUGGACCCGCGCGGAGACAAGACCCCCCCAGGAGGCGCCCACGCCGUCCUGCCGUCCACGCCCCGCGAGUGCUCCGCACCCGUGCCCGUCUCCCAGGCCCUCCCAUCGGAGCCGCGCGGGGGACACGGGGGAGGCAGUGGGGGAGGGGGCGCGGCGACGUGGCGGGGCGCCUCCCUUCCGGGGGCGACAGGGAGACGCCCACAGCGGGCUGCAGCCUCCGCUCGGGGAGGAAAUGCAGGGGCCGGGGUCGGGGGGCCCGGGGACCGCAGAGGCGCCGCGGCCCCGCCCCCGCUCCCCCCGCAACGCGGGCCCAGCUCCGCCCCCGACACCGCCUCCCGGGCCAGGGUCCUCCGGCCUUGAAAUGGCGAGCCCUGUGCUCCCGGAGCUCGGACCGCAUCUCAGGCCCUGGACCACCUGGCGGGCACCGGGAGCCGGGGAAGGAUGUCCGGGAGGGCGAUCCGGGAGGCAGCGCGGAGAAAGGAGACGCGCCCCUCUGGCCCGGGGGGAGGGAGUGGCGGAGGAGGGUUGGCGGGACGAGAGGGCAGGGGUCCCAGGGCGACCCCUCUCCCUCACCCCCGCAGACGCCUCUCUUGUCGGACUCCAGGCGGGGACCCAGGAGGAGCUGGAGGCGGGGGUCGCAACUCCUGGCCCGUCCGCCCUCCAGCCUGGAUGUCCCAGAACGAGUCAAGAUGGGCAAAAGGCCCUCGCGGGCAUCCUGGCCUCUGGCUCUGAAACAGCAUCUGCACCGCGGGAGGCACUGA